UUCAGGCGUUUGCAGUGCCAUGAUUGUGUUGAGUUGAAGAAAGAAGUCAAGAAUAUGAAUGAAAAGAUGACUGAGGAUAAUGCCAAGCUGCAGAAGCAAGUCAAUGACCAUAAUACCAAGCUGCAGAAGCAGGUAGAUGACCUCAGUGAAAAGAUGACUGAAGACAAUGCCAAGCUGCAGAAGCAGGUUGAUGAGCUCAGUGAAAAGAUGACUGAGGAUAAUGCCAAGCUGCACAAGCAAGUCAAUGACCAUAAUGCCAAGCUUCAGAAGCGAAUCAGUGACCAAAAUGCCAAACUUCAGAAACAGGUUGAUGAGCUCAGUGAAAAGAUGAGCAGAAUGUGUGAGAUGCAAAUAGAAGUCAUGAUGAAAGUCACACAGAUGAUGACAGAAGUAAAACAACUUAAACAGAUGAUUCCAGGUCAACAGUUGGUUAGAAAAAGUAUAAUCAUUGCUGGUGGAGAAAAUAAAAAUUCCAUCAAUUCUGUGGAAAUUUUCUCCUGGGAAAAUAAAACAUGGACAUUACUAAAUCCAAUGUCAACAUGUCGUUCCAGAGCAUCUGCAGUCACAUAUCAAGGUGAAGUCAUUAUUUCUGCAGGAACUGAUGGUAAGAAAUCUACAGAUACAAUGGAAACAAGUUCUUGUGAUGCAUCUGUGGAAUGGAAGAUCUCUCCUGUCAAGCUUUCUGAAUUGUGUCGAGGGCAUGCAGCAAUCAUGUAUAAAGAUAGCUUGAUUUUGAGUGGAGGAAUUGCAAGUAAAACUAGUGACAAAAUCUACAAGAUUUCCAUGGUCCCUCCAUACUCUACAAAGAUCUUAGCAACAAUGCCUGAACCAAGAUAUGACCACACUAUGGAACUGUUUGAAGACAAGCUUUUUAUCUUUGGAGGGUGUUAUGAAGGUGCAAAGGACACUGUCAUGAUGUAUAAUCUUGUCACCAAAGAAUGGAAGAUGAUGACACCUUUGCCUUUUGCAGUUGAUGAGAUGGCGACUGUUCUUUGGCAAAAUAAUGUCAUUGUUCUUGGUGGAAGAAAUAAUUUUACAGGCUGUAAAGAUACGGUUGUCAUGUACAAUCUAACAACAGGGGAAUCCAAAUAUUUGCCAUCCAUGAAACAUAAACGACGUGGAUGUGCUGCUGUUGUUACAGGCGGUGUACUUGUUGUGAUGGGUGGGGAACAUGUUAAAUCAGCUGAGGCUUUCCAUUUCCAGGAGCAGGUCUGGGAAGAACUACCAGACAUGAAUGAAGCAAGAAAGUAUGCAAGUGCUGUUGUCAAACCAAAUUAAACAGCACAAAGUCAAUAUGUUACAAUAUGUCUAAUACUGGACAACCUUGUAGAACAAAAGCUACAUUGUAUAUUGCAUAAACAUAUAUAUUAACCAUAUUACAAACUGUGCUGGGACAUUUGCAAAUUAACCCACAUAUUUGAUGGAAAGAUGACAUAACCUGAGCUAAAGAAUUGCUAACAUCAAAAUGCAAUUAAUAUUUACUUACAAGCUGGGCAAACGUAAGCUUUGUUAAAUUCUCUUGUACCAUCUUCAUCACAAAAUAUAUCCGAGUUAUAAAAGCUAAGAAAAUAAUACUGAUAUCUCAAUGGUCAAUCUAACAUUUUAACCAGCAUUUUUUCCUUAUUAUUUGCCAAUUUUUUAUAAAUG